AUGCCAGCCAAGCUGUAUCCCGUCGCAGAAAGCGCCCAGCACGACCAGCAGCAAAUGGCCCAGAAGGAGAUGAAGUUGACGUCGUGGUUCGAUACGAGAUUGAGGUCGAGGAUGAGCAAAAAGAAGAGCGUGGAGAGCAGAAAGAAGAUGAAGAGGAGACGGGAGACCUGCACGGAUGCCGAAAGCGAUUCCAGCAGCGACGACGAGCGCGAUGUCAGCAAGCCGCUUCUCAAGCCGUCCUCCAGCCAUGAUGUGGACGACGAUUCCUCAGUCAUGAUCGACGUCAACAAGAAUGCACACUCCACAGCCGAUCUGGAGAGUGGCGACAGAUGGCCGUUUUUCCAGGUCGUCCCAUUCGCAUCAUCGCACCUCUUUGAUCUUGUCCGGCCCAACUUCACUGUAUUGGACAGAGCGAUCCGUGACGCCGCUCGGACCAAUGCCGGAUUACCUCUGACUGACGAGUAUGAUCCCAACGACGACGUCGUGAUGACAUCGGACGAGGAGGCCGAAGAUAACACCACUGGCGACCACGAUGAUGGAUCUUACGUGCUCAAGACGUCUCCGGUCAUCGACCCAAAGAGUGGAGGCACUCAGAUCCCGCACAUGGACCAAACACUCCUCAUGUCGAGAAGCUUACCUCCUCACGAUGAAUCAGACGACCUGCAGCUGGCAGCUCCAAGGAAGUCCAAUGGCAAGGAGUCAACACCUGCCGCUCGGAACUCCAAAGUCAAGAAGACUCUCCAGGGCAAGUCUCUCCUCCCGACGGCGCUCUCGAGUGAGCCAGCCUCGCAUCCUCGCUCCCUCCUCGAAACACGCUUCGACUACAUCCUCGACGACUCUGAUAUCGGAUGCUAG